AUGUGUGAACAAUAUUUGGAUGUUGUUUCGCCAAAGGGAGAAGCAAUAGUAGGCUUUACCAUUAUGCUUAAGUGGUUGCAAGAUAAUAUGUUGCCGCUUCCCUCAGAACCAACACAACAGCAGUUAGAAGCAUAUUGUAGAGCUUACCUUUUGUGGCUAAUUGGUGGGGUUUUAAUGCCAGACAAGAUGGAAAAUUGGGUUCAUUUGAUGUACCUCACUGUGCUGGUUGAUCUCGACCAAGUCAGACAGUAUAUUUGGGGCUCUACUUGUCUAACAAUGUUGUACAAGGAAAUGUGUAGGGCCACUGACCCUGAUGCCAAAACCAUGGGCGAUUGUGCCUAA